AUGUCCAGAAUACCACUUGAACGAUACGUCGCCCUUGACUGCGAGAUGGUGCGUUGUCGCACGCACAUGGCGCUCGCGCGCAUCGCGGUCGUGGACCAUACUGGCGCAGAGGUCUAUCACUCGUUUGUGUUUGUGCACCCCAAGGACGUGAUUAGUUAUCAGACGGAGGUGACGGGUGUGACGAAGGAUGACCUGCAUGGUGCGCCCACAUUCGAAGUCGUCCAGUCCAUCAUCAAGGCUCUCAUCUCCAACAAAAUUGUCAUCGGUCAUGCCCUCUUCCACGACCUCGCGGUCCUUCAGCACCGGCACGUAUACGAGGACAUGCGUGAUACAGCGCUCUUCUACCCCCUUCGCGAGCGCUGCGGCGUCAAGGGGGAGGGAAAGUACCCCUCCCUCCGGAAUAUGGCGAAGGAGGUGCUGGGCCGUGAUAUCCAGUGUGGGAGACACUGUCCUCUCGAAGAUGCCCGCGCGACGAUGGACGUCUUCCUUACCGUGAGGGAGAAGUAUGAGGCAGGUCUAGCGGCGGGAGACGACGUCGUGGCCGGCGUGCCGGGGUCACUCGCUCGUUGGUACUACUGA